AUGGCUCGCUUCGCAGAAGAUCUACCCACCCGCAAUGGAGGUGGAGGAGGCAGAGGUGCGCCGGGCGCAGGCAGAGGGGGCGCCCGGGCGGGUGGUCCUCCAGGCGGCCAAAGGAUGUACAAGCAGUCGAUGGCUCAGAGAGCCAGGACAAUGGCCAUAUACAACCCUAACCCAGUCAAACAGAACUGCUUCACUGUCAACCGAUCAAUGUUCAUCUUUCGAGAGGACAAUCUCAUUAGGAAGUAUGCUAAGCGAAUAACCGAAUGGCCAUAUCCUUUCCUACCCAAAACCAGGGUACACAUUGGUGUUUGUAUAACGCAUCUAUCCUUAUUUGACAAACACAGACUGGUAGAUUUUCAUUAAGAAACAUGACACAGGGAGUGAAGAGCUUUUAUUUUAUUUAAAAAUGUCAAUUAAAUGCAUAACCCUAUGUCUGCUUUUACUGAAAAUGACAAAUGUAUGCCCUUUGUCACCAUUUCGAAGCUCAUCUGUCAGUGAACUCAAAAUCGAUUAUUACAUUAUAGGAUGUAUGCCUAUUCUGGUGUAAAUGAUUAGUUCAUUAAACCUCUUGCUUAACCCCUGGUGCACCUGUCACUCAGUGUUCUGCCUGAUUGGACACGAGAAAUGAUUUCCCCCCAAUAGUGUUAGCAUACAGUUUAAUAACUUGGCAAGAUGUCCUAUGUACCGUGUACACAUUCACGAAUUUUGCACGACUACUUGUUACUUCUCCAAAAAUAUUUUGUUGUGAUCCAACUACCUACUCGCUAGAUUCAGUUUUCAGUUUCAAUUGUAAGUGAGCGAGUUUAAUCUCUAUAAUGUGUAUGUAUAUUUUUUGUUCUCUCAGCGCUUGCUUCUCUUGGAUUAGGGUUCGUUUUUUAAUUCACCUUCUCUGUAUUCCAUCUCGUUUGUACAUUGCCUGUUUGUGUGUUAGAAGGUUCGUUUCAACUGUUGCUGUUCACGGAUUUUUCCGUUUCCAUGGUAAAGUGAGCGCUCAGUGAGUUGGAGAGGAGAUCGCUGGCUCUGAGGUUGUAAAACGCCUCGCUUCGUCUGAAGGGCAGAUUCCACCAUGCAUUUUUCGUAUUUGUUCACUCAAAGUCGAGGAAGGCUUGUUUUGUGCUUUUUGCGAGGGGCAAAAUGCAGUGUUUAGGCUUCUGGCGGCCCCUGGGCAAACGAUUCUAGGGUGAUAUGUCGAUGGGUCAGUAAAGCCUUCCCAUUCCUCCUCGACUCGCUACAUAGACAAUGGAUUGAAAUGGUCACCCAACUGGAAAGAUGUUGUAACCCAAGUGUAGCUCUUGGCCAGGGUUUUAGCAACACUGCAUGGGCAGACCAUGGUCUGUUGCUGUAGUGUGUGGGAUUAGCCUAUCAUCUUUUAUUUCUGACCAUAUGUAGCCUAAUUCACACAGCAUGGCUGUCUAUUGGACUCCUGUUCAGUCAAUGUCAUUAAUUGGUUAACUGAGCUCAAUGAGUCAGUGACAUCCUAAAGCUGAAUAUAUUUUCUGCUCAUCCAAAUAGAUCAAUCUGUUCUGUGGCACCUCAGCUGGGUGGUGGCUGGUGGUGACAGUGGCACUGUUUAGCAAUGCUCAUUGUACACAAACCCUGUUGAGGCAACUCUCACCAGCCUUUUACACAAUUUGUGUAUUUUAGCAUAUAUUUUUUUUAAUCUAGGUUAUUCUACGACAAUAGAGAUUUUUACCACGUAUCUUAUAUGUUGGAGUUAGUAUUUUUUAUUGUGCUUGAAAUUCUCUGUCAUGGCUUGUGUUCCUUAACCUGCACACUCCGUUUGAGUACUUGAUCCUGGCCACCAUCAUCGCCAACUGCAUCGUACUGGCCCUGGAGCAGCACCUACCAGCCAACGACAAGACCCCCAUGUCAGAACGUCUGGUAAGACACUCAACCUGCUGUGUCCCAAAUCGAUUUUUUGUGUCCCAAAUGGCACCCUAUUCCCCAUUGUCUUCCGUCAGAUGGUGUCAUUCUAACACGACACGCAGUUGCCAGGAGCCAUAGUGGACUAUGUAGGGAAUAUGGUUCCAUUUGGGACACAGCCUAUGAUAACUAUACCUAUCAUACUUUCUAUAACUUUACUUAGUGUUCCAAUUUAUAUACUUAUACAGUGUUGUCUUCUGUUUGUUUGCUGUAAAAGUGUAGAAUGUUACAUUGUUAUUUUAGCUGAUUUUGAAGAGGGAAAUAGGUAGUUAGACAGAUCGAAACAGAGAAUUCACUCAGAGCUAUUGCUCAUUUUGAGCUUUCCACCACUGGAGCUCAGUGAUGAGGCAGCCCAGUCAGCCCUAAACAACUCCUCCCAGAGGGCCCUGAGUCCCAGACACACCUCCAGUACAUGGGAGAGCAGCACCCCUUCCUCAUUAGUGCCUGGAAGCAUGGAGAUGUGUGUGUCUCCCUCCUCCUGGCUCUCAUUCUGUAUGUCAGUUGAGCCUCACACUGAGCGGGCUUUGAUCCCCCCUUCUCCUCCACAGGCCCCCUGUUCCCCUGCCUGCUCACACACGCAACUUAAACCCCCGUUUGAACUCUGCCAGUCAAGUCAUUAAACCAAUGCUGUUUUAAGCUGUGAAAAUCUUAAACAGCAUCUUUUCACUUUAAGCUGUGAGAGAAUGAAACUGGGAGGGGCUGCCACACAGCCAUUGGAGGAUUGUGGUGCUGCUUCUCUAACACAGCGUCUACAGUCAGGACACGCAUAGAAUAGCAUUACGUUGUUCAGCACUUAGCUCACAGAUGCGGUCUUAAGGACGUUUUGACUCCUGGGAGUCAGCAUAGAAUAGUGGAAAAGGCAUAAAAAGCGCUUUUGCAACAGCUUGGCGAGAUAAGGUUAAUGACUCCCCUCAAAUGCAGCCACCUGCUCCUGUUUACAAUUAUCUCCGUAAUUGUGAUGCAACAUCAGCAGCGGCGUAGUGGCACAAGAAAACAUAAGGUACUCGACACCUGAGAAACUGAUUAGUGUUAGUAGAGAGAGAGAGAAAGAGAAUACGUCUCCCCUCCUCCUUUCUCCCUCCUUCCCCUCAAGUAGAAGCAUGUAAUACCAGCAUCCUUUAUGGUCCAGGAUGAAUAGAUUGAGGUGUGUCUUAAGUGGAGCUCCUGAUAAUAGAACAUUGUCAAUGGGCGUUGUUGUUCAGAGUUUUACCCUCGUGGUCCCCUGUGAUUUCCCCUCUGCCCCUCCAGAGCCAUUUACUAUAGAUGGAGCGUUCAUUAUUCAUGAGCAUUUGACAUUUAUACCUUAUGUUAACACAGUCUACUGUACUACAUAAUGCUUUAUGGAUGGACCAUCCAACCUAGCCAUUAUAUAAGGCUUGGCAUAGCAUUGUUUUGUCUGCUAUCUCUUUUAUAGCAGACUCAAUGCUCUUCAUUAGUCUUUCCUUACAUUAAAGCCCUGAGAGCCUCAGCCCUGUGUGGUCUUGAUAGUCAGCGGGAGGCCCAGAAUCAUUUCACUGGCUGAACAACAAACCAGUUAUUUAAAACUUUAUUUUUCUGAACCAUCUCCUGUUACAGUGACGCUAAUAAAACUGGUAUAUUUUAAUUGUUCUUGAUUGUUGUUAGAUUUACCUUACAGGUAGUGAAAAGCUCACAUACCAUUUAACGCUGUUCUCAAGUCUGUCAAACUCAUUUGUGAUUAUUUGCGUUGGGAAGCCUGGGUUGGGGGUUGGGUUCAUGGAGCUGUGGAGAGAGCGAAAGAAAGAGAGGGAAGUUAGUGUUAAUCCGUGAGAUAUCCUCUGCUAGUGCCUGUGUGUGUAACAGGGCCUCCGGUCUCCACUGACAUUAAUGGAAGGGAGUGAAAAGUGUCAUAUCAUAGGUGUACUGCUUUGAACAAGGGCAAGGGUCAUCCUAGCUUAAAAAUUGUUUUUUGUUAAAGAUCUUCAUACCACUCCAAUGGUUUGUUAAUUGUUUUAAUGUUUUGUUAAAUAUAUUUAACAAGAAGCCAAUCACUAAUAGCCCUUUUGGAGACUACAAAGCCUCAUUAAAUUAUAAUUUCUGUGUAAAUUGUAAUCAUACUAAUUUGCUAUCAAUUAGUAAGAUUUGUUAAGAGUAAAAUGUAAGCUAUUAUCUUACGCAGGUGAUAACAUGUUAUGAUAAAUGCGUAAAUCUCACUGAUUGAAAAUGGUGUCCAAGAUUACAGUUGGUCUUCUGGUAUAGGCUGUUUUCACUCCCCCUCUUUUCUCCUCCUCUUUUCAUCCACCAAGAGAGGGUUCCGUUCCUUGACCCAUUCUCCGCAUGCUGGUAGAAAAGUCAAAGAAACAAUCCCCCUUCUCUUUCCCCCUCUCUCUCUCUUCUGCCAUUCUUCAUUAACCUCUCACUUACUUCUAAGAAAAAGGUAUCUCUCCCUCUCCCUUGUUCCCUGUCUCUCUCUGCAGGAUGACACAGAGCCCUACUUUAUUGGAAUAUUCUGUUUCGAGGCUGGCAUUAAGAUUAUCGCCUUGGGCUUUGCAUUUCACAAAGGCUCGUACCUCCGCAACGGCUGGAACGUAAUGGACUUUGUGGUCGUCCUCACUGGGUGA